UAAGAUGGCACAGGGGAUUAGGGUUAAAAUUAUCGUGGCGGCGCUUCUAACGUCGUAUUUCAGAAUGUGAAACGCAUGAUAGACGUGGAUAGGCACUAGCAGGCAAUAGUAUGGUAGUACCUUAACGUAACGUACAUUUGCGUAAAAUACAUAUUAACAAGAAAUAUAUAUAGAAAUUGGAAUAUUGUGGAUAAUUUUUCAACAAGAUUUGAAUAAUAGAAGAAAAAUUGACAAUUUUAAUAUCACAUUGCGCGUGAAUAUAAUAUAUGGAUGCAAAUAAAAACAUUGAAAAUGAGUAGUACCACUGAUAAUAGUGUGUGUUGUUAUCCUCCGGAUCGCAAGAUAUCACAAUCCGAUGAGAAUAACGUAUUAGUACAAAAUUUACCAGAAAUAAAUUUACCCGAAAAGAUUUUAUUUGUAAUAGAUACAGUAAGAGAAAAGGACUGUACACCGUUUAAACUUUCCAAAGGUACUAAUUAUAUGCCUUUGUUCAUGAUAAAACGGGUUGUGGAACAAUUUAUUUGCAUCAAAUCUACCAUUCAGCGUAGUCAUGAAUAUGCACUAAUGAUUCUAAACUCUCAAAGCGCAGAAUGGAUUUGUGAUUUUACCAAUAAUAUCAAUAGUAUUAUCGAUAGUUUGAAUCUCAUUGAUGAAGAGAUUAUAGAAGACGAAGAGGAAGAUGAAGAAGAAGAAGAAGACGAAGAAAGAGUAGAGGAGGAGGUGGAAGAGCAGGAGGGAGAUGAAAGAGUAGAAGAAAAAGAAGGUAAGAGAGAAGGAAAACAUAAACAAAGACGAGCAGCAAGACGAAAAGGAAGAGGAAGGGGAGAAGGAGUAGAAACUGAGGAAGAGAAAAAGGAAGAAGAAGAAGAAGAUGAAAAAUCGUAUGAUCUUGGACAGUUAUUUCAUAAAAUUGAACCGAAGCUACCUUUACCAAUGCAGAAAGGUGACAUUGCGGGGCCAAAGUUUGUAACUAGAGUAAUUUUGUUAUAUUCACGAUCUACCAGUAUACCAAAAUUUUAUAGCAGUAAAGCAUCUUUAGAUAAUCUUACGAAGAAUCCAUAUUUUUUUGUGGAUGUAUUGUAUGUACACGAACCACCUUGUUCUGAAAACUUGUGCGAAGAAAUUUAUAGCGAAAUAGGAACUUUAGAUACAAAAAAUGUUUCCUAUAUAUUAGAAGUAGGAAGAAAUGCUGCAAAAUUGCACGACAACAUGGCAAAGUUGCUGGCUCAUCCUCUCCAAAGACCAGCGCAAAAAGAUGUUUGCUAUGCUAUUUAUCAAUUUUCAGUUUCUCAAGAAACAUACAUCAACGUAUAACUAUUAAUAUCGCUAAUAAUCGAAAGAAAGUUGAUUGAAAACUCGGCAGGUGACUAAUAUAGACGCAUUAAUUUAUUGUGCAUCGAUUUAUGAAAAAGUUAAUAUAAAAUUUGACAAUUACAUGUAGCAAAAGUAA